AUGAUCAGCUCAGGGUUGCCCAAGUACAAGCCUAUGCUGAAAGAAUCCGAAAUCACAUUACGAUCGGAAAAAGGAACGAUUCUGGUGUCUGUACUUGCAGUUCACUUGCACGAGUGGCAUUCCUGUACAAAAAUGCAACGGCUGCGGACAGAGGUUGUCAUGGCGUGUGCGAAAAGAUUGAGCGCUGCAGAAAGCAUGAGGUUGCAGUCCGAGAAUGACAACGUGAUUGUGAUUAACCAACUGAGGACUUCGUUGCAUUACCAGAUUAGACAAAUGAACAUAGAUCUGUGCAAAGCUUUCGAGGAGGUCGAAGAGCUGGAACAAAACUUCAAACAACAAGAAAAGGCUCAAUCAAUGAAUAGCCGUUCAUUGAUAUCCCAACUCGUAGAGAUGAAAGGAAUAUGCCAAGAUGCCAUCAGCGAUCUAACAGAUCUCCAAUUGAAUUUUGAGAAUGAUCGCGCAUUGCAUGCUUUGCAGGCUUCGAAAUUAUCCAACCAGAUUCAAAAUGUGCUUGAAGUCAAAAAUCGUAUUUUGAUCGAUUACGAGGCUGCAAAACAAACAAUUUUGCAAAAGGACGCCGCAUUGCACACGACCCAAGACAAGAUGAGGCAGAUUGAAAGCUUGAUGAAUGAAUGGGCUUCAGAAAAUUCAUUGCAACAGAAGGGAGAAUGCAAUGCAAUUCGCGAAGCUCAUGCAGGCUGUGAAGGCCUCAUCGAAGCUCUGAGAAAACAAAAUCAAGAGCUUCAAGAUCAAUUACAGAGCCUGAUGAGAGAGAAUAUGACAAAGCAACAACGGCUCUGUGCGCCUAUGCAAGGAGAAAUGAGGAAGAUGCAAGGACAGGAUGCUGCUGGAGUCGGGCUCCUUCUAAUGAAGGCAUCUGCAGCUCAACAAGAGGUUGUGAAGGUAGUCAAAAUCACGCCUGGUGGCGCUGCAGCACAAGACGCUCGCAUCCGGGUUGGUGACAUCAUCGUUGCUAUCGAUGGCGCGUCUCUUGUUGGACUCAGCAUGGAUGAGAUUUGCUCGCGUAUCCGUGGGCCGGAGGGUCAACCGAUUUCUCUCAGCGUCGAGAGGAAGGAAGAUGGCUCCCUGCUCAGCAUGGAAGUCUGUUUGCAUCGCCAAGUCGUGCCAACAGAGCACAGGACCGUCACAUUGGCUGCCGCAGCCCCCCCUGAACGAGGGUAUCCAGGGGAGAUCCAACCAAAAGCACACGGCAAGGAAUCGAAUGAAACGGCCGAUGCAGGACAGUUGAAUCUUGUGGACGCGCUGAAAGAAAACUUGUUUUUUUCUGCAAUCAACGAAGCAUUUCAAUCCAUCAAUCGACCAAGAGAUCAGAACGACGAUGUGAUCAUGAUGUGA